AUGGCGUCCUCAGAAGUAGACACCAAGUUUCUCGGACAAUUCGCAAAGAACAUCCAACUGGACCACCCACUCCUUGCUCAAAAUCUCUUUCAAAUCCUCGGCAAUCUGACCAUGCUCUCAAAAAUGGUUGUCAAAGCUCGCAAACUCCGCCGUCUGGAUACAACGCGUGAUACCAAAUCAGUCGAACUGUAUACUCGCAUUGUGUGGUAUGCGAAAGAAGGACUCAGGAUUCUGGAGCAAUACAUUUUGCCUGUAGUAGCAGGUUUUAGUGAGCUGAAGGUCUUGGUUUAUAAGCUGAGAGCAAGCUAUUAUCAUCUUUACGUUCUCUUUCAUAACACUCCGGCGAUUACUCUCCGAACGGCAAAGAUCUCUACUCCACCUGGCUUGACCUCUCCGCGACACAGAGACAAAGGUAAAGGCAUCGAUAGAAACUCGCCAUCUGAUCCAUUUCGCCCAUCCAGCGUCCAACCCACGCAUCCCCUCGAAGGCGGUCCUGUCGGCGGACCCCCAGGCCUCAUCCUCCCCCCUACCGACAUCACAGGCAGUUUCCUCAUCCCAAGCAUCGACUACCGGCCCUUCGCCUCACAAUGUUUCGAAGACGCCUCCUUACUCGCCGACCGUCAACUCUGGGGCUCCCACCCCCUUCGUCUAUCCGUCAAAGUCGAAUACGCAGCUUUCAUAUACGAUUGUCUCGAUCAAGCGAAUCGAUCGCGAGAGUUGGCCAGGAGAACCAUCAACGAGGUGUAUAAUACAGAUGAGGGUAUGGACGAUGAUAUGUUUGAGGAUGCGGCGGAGCUAGUGAGUAUUCUGGGGAAGAUGAUGAAGAGGGGUUUGCAUUUGGGGAGUGCGAGUGCGGAGACGAGUACGGCGGGUGCGAGUUCGGAGGGGAAAUCAAAGACUAGGAGUGCGGAGAAGGAGAGCACGCCGAGGUUGAUGGGGGAUGAAUUGCCGCCUAUGCAUAAUCCGAUAUAA